ACAGACGUAAUGCAGGUCACUUCCCCGCCGUACGUUGGACUUAAAGUGUAACGUGCGCAGACAGUGGAGCAGACAGACACGGAAUCCGGUUAAUCGUUUCUGUUGCUGAACCUCCUAGCAGGGAUACGUUAGCAUUAGCUACUAUAAUUCAAAGCAAUUACAAAACAAUUAUAAAGCAGUAUUCUCAGUAUACCAUCUUGGAUUCAUUUAUGGAGACGACUUAGUGUUUCGUGUCGUUUCGUUGAAACAAGAUGAUAAAAAACUGGGGUGUCAUUGGUGGGAUAGCUGCUGCGAUUGCAGCUGGGGUAUACGUUUUGUGGGGCCCAAUUACAGAAAGAAAGAAGAGAAAGAGAGGUAUGGUUCCAGGUCUGUUAAACUUAGGAAACACCUGCUUCCUGAAUUCUUUGCUUCAGGGUUUGGCAGCAUGUCCGUCAUUCAUCAGGUGGUUGGAAAGUUUUUCAGGGUCACAUAUGAGUCAGUCAUGCAAAGAGAAACAGUUGUCCAUAACACUGCUUCAGCUUCUCAAAGCUCUGUCCAGCGAUGAACCUGGGGAGGAAGAUGUACUUGAUGCAGGAUGUCUGCUGGAUGUUCUCAGACUUUAUAGAUGGCACAUCAGUUCAUUUGAGGAGCAGGAUGCACAUGAACUUUUUCAUGUCCUUACUUCUUCUCUGGAGGAGGAGCGUGAUCAUCAACCCAAGGUCACUCACUUGUUUGACAUGCAGUCCCUUGAGAGUUUACCUGACCAAGAUGAGAAAACUAUGACCUGUAGAAGUCGAGCCCCUCUUCAUCCCAUACCAAGUCCUUGGAAGUUUCAACAUCCUUUUCAUGGUCGUUUAACAAGCAACAUGUCAUGCAAGCACUGUGAACAACAAAGUCCGGUGCGGUAUGACUCAUUUGAGAGCCUCUCUCUGUCCAUCCCAUUACUUCAAUGGGGCAGAGCAAUCUCUUUAGAUCAGUGUCUACAGCAUUUUAUUUCCUCAGAAACCAUCAAAGAAGUGGAGUGUGAAAACUGCACCAAGCUUCAACAAGGAGCCAAAGUAAACGGACAAGUUCUAGAAAGCCAGAGAACAACGUUUGUUAAACAGUUAAAACUGGGAAAGCUUCCCCAGUGCCUUUGCAUCCAUUUACAAAGAUUAACAUGGUCCAGUGAAGGAACCCCCAUCAAAAGACAGGAGCAUGUACAGUUCACAGAGUAUUUGUCAAUGGAUCGCUACAAGCACAAUGCUUCUGCACAGAGAAGCCAGCGCGUCAAAUGUACUCCGAAGCCCAUAAGCACAGAAGGCUCAAGUGUCCUGGAAAGUCCUACUGCCAAUGGCACGGAGCUUCAUAACAACAACAAACAUUUUUCCAACGGAACCAGUUCAUCUGUACUUCUUCCCUCUCCGGCUAUGAACGUGCAGCUGGGCCUCACUUAUGACUACAGUUCUACAGAGUACCUUUUCCAGCUCAUGGCUGUGUUGGUUCACCACGGGGACAUGCACUCAGGACACUUUGUCACAUACCGCCGCAGCCCUUGCUCGUCCCGCUGCUCAUCAGCCUCCAGCUCUCAGUGGCUAUGGGUGUCGGACGACUCUGUACGAAAAGCCAGCCUGCACGAGGCACUGUCUUCCAACGCUUACAUGCUCUUCUACGAGAGAGUCCGAAGACAGAGGCCCGCUCUUUGCUCCGAGGAAUAACCAGGAGCUCCUUGCUCACGCUCGCUUGCUCAUGUGCCAGUUAAAGCAUUAACACAAAACAGUGAUUCACAAAGUUUUGACAACUGGACAAGAGAGGAAAGCCAUUCUACACUAACUGGAGAGGCGCCCUAGAUCGCACCUACUGUACCUGUUGCUGUUACCUGAUCCAUGAGUGGACAGUGUUCCUGCAGAGAUGAUCCAGCGUAGGAGGCUCUUAAUCCCAAAGAAUAUUGACCUAACGUUUUAGUCAGAUAUCUUUGUGUGCUACUCUAAUUUAUGGGACUGAACAUAAAACUGGAAUUUAACAUUUCCAGAGUAAUAAUCCUGCAGUACCGUGUAAGGCUUAUGUUCUUGUUUCUAGACAGUCAGAUGUGUUGAAUCAGUAAUGUGGCAUUUUUGCGAUGCUGUAGUUUCUGAUGAAUGCAACAUACUUCAGCGUAUUAGUGUUUUAUCCACUGCCUGAACAUUUACAGAAACAAACAGAAGUAGCUCAUUAGGACCCACUGCAGAUGUUACUAUUUAAGUGUUAUGAAAAUUAAAAUAGGUAGAAUUGUUUCUUAAUCUGAUCCUAAUCUCUCCAUUGUUAUUAUUAAUUGUAUUUCUAACUAUUCCCAACAGCCUACACAUAAUUGUGCUCUUAAGCUGCUGAAUUUGAUAUUUUUGUAUGUUUCCAGUAAUUCUCAUGUCAUGACUUGAGGUUUAAGUGCCAUGUUUUCUUCAAUGUUGAAGAUUUGCAACACACAUCUGAUACAACAACAGGUGAACAGACCGUAGGGACUCUUUUGUAAAAUAUGAUACAUCAGAGGUGUCGGCUUGGUGUUGACAUCCAACAGAUUCAUUGUCGUCUGGUCUGGGUUAAUAAAGCCAGACACUGACUGCAGGGUUUGAGGGGAAAGUCAUCCUGGAUACUGCCGUUUUGCUCUUAGCAAACCAACAUAUUCGUACUUAGAGCGGGACCCCCUCAUUAAUGUUUGCACUAAUGUAUAUUCAUGUGUGAUUGAGUGUUUGCUAUCUUUAAAGAUGAUUGUAUUGUUUUCAAUUAUUAAAAAUGAAACAAAUGUG